AUGGAUUUCACCGUCCCGGUACCCAACGUCCUGGGGGAACGUCUGUCUGGCCAGGACGUCCGGGACCAAAACGGUGAGCCACCCUCUGGUUUAUUAUUCUUUUUUUCUCCUCUUCCUGUUUCUGUUUGUGAGUUUUUUUUCUCUUCCUGAUGUGAAGAACUUACAAACUUAGGAAAUUUUGCUUCUUGAGCAGUGAUGGCCUGCCAAGCGGUGGCGAACAUCGUGAAAUCGUCCCUUGGGCCAGCUGGACUUGAUAAGGUGAUGUGUCCCCCGCGAACUUGCUUCUGCUGCUGAUGUUUAGGCCUAUUUAGUCCUUUCUGGAAUAUAACACGAUGUAUCCAGAGCAAGCAGUAACUAAUCAUGGAUGCUCUUUUAUUUUGAUGAUGAUGAUUUAUCAUUCCUAAGCACUAACGUGUCUCUUGCGUUGUACCUGUAGCCUGUCAAAAUAAUGCAGAACACAUUCCACUCCAUGUCGCGCAGUGCUUUCUUCGUAGUCUAAGCUCUGGUGUCAAAUGCAUAUUUUGCUGCUAGUGUAAUUGGCACUGACCUUUGCAUGUGACUUUCGUUAAGAACCAGUGCGUACUAAUUUUUCUUUCCGUCACUAGUCUUACGACAAAUUUUGGGUACCUCACAAUUUGUCGUACUAAUCAUUUAUGUGCACGUUGGGAAAACGAGGAACGUCAAAAUUUUCAGAAAGUCGUUGAUCAUUUUAUUUAUGUUGUUGAACCUUUGAGAAAGGGUUUCAUACUUGGUGCCUCAAAUCUUAAUCCUAAAAUCUUGGAAAUUGAAACCAUUGAAUUACAGUUUUAUUGUCUUCCAGUAUAUUCUCCCAACGCUAGUUCAUUUAUUUUUAAUAUGUUCUUUUUUUCUCCUCUUUGGAUCUGAUACUAAUAUCUGUCCACCAUCCGUAUUAAUCCCCAGCUACUAUUAAUCAAUUAUGUCGAGAGAAUUCACUUUUUUCUGUAAGAUGAAAAUUUCUUGAAAGCCUCAUUGAAUUCAACAGUUAAAAACAUCUCUCUAGUCUAAAAGUGUAUUUUGGUGAGAUACUUGGAUAAGUCAGAAAAAAAAAUUCUACUCGUGAAUAUGAUCCCGACCUUCAAAAGAAUAAUUCAAAGAUUAAAUAAGUAGUUCCCAGAAUAUAAUGACAUUCAGAGAAGAAUGUUUAAUGAUAGCAAAGAACAGGAGCCGUUGAAGAUGGAACUUUCAUUGGAAAUUGGUUCGUCUGCCAAAUAAGGAUAAUCUUUGACGGUUUUCAGUCAUAUUGUUUUUAGUAAUUCAGAGUUGAGGAACGAUAAUUCUAAAUUUUUUAGUUGUUAUGUAAUUAUUUUGAUAGAACGAUUUUCGUAAAAAAGCUCAUUGCUUUCAAUUGCAAUAGUUAUAAUUUUUGCAAAACUCUAGUAUUCCUUUUUCAUAACUUUAAUACUAUCUGUUGUUAGGUAUAUAUAAUAACAGUUUAUAGCAUCUAAUAUAAACACUUAAGAGUGCAAAUGUUGUUACUCUUCUUGGAUAUCUUGGAUAUAGUGAGCUUCUUUUAAGGUGAUGUGCAUCAUAAUGUUGUGGGGAACUGUUAUAGUGGUGAAAUUAUUCGUAUUCUUUUUACAUGUUUAUUUGGUUUUUUUAGUUUUUUUCCAAAACCUAUACGAAGUAUUAUUAAAUGUGUAUCUUGCUUCUAUAAUAUCAGAUGAAACCUCAGCUUUAAUCUUUGCACUGUGUAUGAGUUUGCACAGGAAAAUACAUCAUAUAUUUUCUCAAGGCAGAGAGUUUUGGAUAAAUAUCUUCUGUCAUCAUCAUAUGAAUGUUAAAUAUUCUGGAGAAGUAAAAGUCAAUUUCAUGUAAGAGAAAGCUGGAUUGCCAUGGUAAGGGUAGUUUAACGUAAGCAUUGACUAUAAGACGGGAAAAGUUAACAAAAAAAUAUAGAAACUUUUCUUUAUCAACACUGCAGUGAGCAGAGAAAUAUUUCAUAUUUCAUGUACGGCAUUGAAAAAGUCUAUGUGAUGAAUUCUUAAGUCACGCUUUUACUCUUUGUUUCUUGAAUCUGUUUGGUAUGUAAAAAGUCUAUGUGAUGAAUUCUCAAGUCGUGCUUUUACUGUUUGUUUCUUGAAUCUCCAAGAUGCUUAUUGAUGACAUUGGUGAUGUGACAAUCACCAAUGAUGGUGCGACAGUACUCAAAAUGCUAGACGUUGAGCAUCCUGCUGCAAAGGUACGAAAUUCAUCUACGAUUCAGCUAUUUAAAUUAGAAAUGUAUUUGAGUAUAUGUUCCAUCCACACAUUUAUCAUUUUCUCUUUUGGUCUGUAAGAUCCUUGUAGGAUUAUCUCAACUUCAGGAUCGAGAAGUCGGUGAUGGAACAACUUCAGUGGUCAUUGUGGCUGGAGAGCUCCUGAAGGUCAAGUAUAAUGGAGAUUGUGGGGCAGUUUUAAAUCUAAAUAUGAUUUAAUAGAAUGAUAUAAUUUCUUAACAUCAUGGUUGCAGAGAGCAAAUGAUCUGGUGAAAAGCAGGAUGCACCCUACACUGGUAAUCAGUGGGUUCAGGGUCAGUUAUUACCUGAUUUUAAGAAAAUAACUGUGUUCAUGUUCAUUUUUAACUAUCACAGGUCCUUGAUUUCUUGUUAUAUUUUAAACAGUUGGCCAUGAGGGAAGCCUGUAGGUUUAUAAAGGAGAAAUUAGCAAUUGAGGUAAAUUGAUUUAUAUAUAUACAAUAUUUUUAGCUAGCUGGGCACUAAAGGUUGUUGUGGUUGUAGAUUGAUAAGCUUGGGCGGGAGUGUCUUAUAAACUGUGCCAAAACAAGCAUUGCAUCGAAGAUGAUAGGCAGUGAGAGCGACUUCUUUGCUAAAUUGGUGAGUGUGCAACAACUGUGAGUAUUAUUUUUAAUCUCAUAUUUUACCCUCUCUGGAAAAUUCAGUUCAAGGUCUAGCCUUACUUGGGCAGUACAGUGGGACUGUUAACCUAGCAUUACUAUGUUUUAAGGGCUGUUUACAUGGGAUUUUACAGUGGAAUAUAUGCAUAGGUGCUGGGCAUGACGCAUGCUCUCUACUAGGUGUAUGUAGCUUCAAGACUCGAUCCCCUAAAACUCCAGGUGAAUGUUCACGAAGCCCAUUUGAAGUGCGUGGAACCCAGAUCAAAGUUUUUGCAGCUGAAUUUUUUUUUUUGUAUCAGUGUUUUUUGGGGAAGUAUGGUAUUCCCCAUAUGUAAUGGAACAUCUACAUGUUUCUUUACCAGCUUUGUGUUGUUUUGUGCCUUUAGUUUCAUGCUAUAGUUGUAGACUCCUGUUCGGAUGUAUUGUUUUAUCUCUUCCUUCCAGCCCUUGUCAUCUUUUUCUUGCUUAUGCUUCCUUCAUGUAUGUGGAAGUAGGGUCCGUUUGUUAGCAUGUGAUUGUGGACCAGUGGCACAUGGCACAUAAAAUGACGGGAUGCCAUGCAUGAUAUGUAUAUGUGCCUGUACGUUGGCACACUUGAUUCUGCAUUAAAUCAUGCGUAUUUAUCCAUAAUAAUAUGCAAGUAUGUGCGGGUAUAUGUUUGCAUGUGUGCCCAUGUUUAUGUUGUUUGAAAUUAAAUUUUCAAUGACUGGAUGGUGCGUGGUAGCCUUCCAAACAUGCCAUCGAUUGCCUUGUUCCCAUACUUUAUUUCCUUUGACCUAUAGUCUAGGCAGAAAUAAUUGGUUGACCAUAGGAAAGAGAAUAACUUGGUUGUUUGUAUGGUUUUUUGUUAUUAAUCUUUUACAUUUUAUCCAUCUAUCACGUUCUGAGGUGAGCCUAUUAAUCCUUAUGUUUUAUAUUCAUUAUUUGAAGGUACCCGAGUGAGUUAAAUGUGAAAUAUGACUCUGUUGUUUACUACUUAUAUAAAACGAUAUUUUAAAAAAAUGAAAAUUGAAUAGGCACAUGCACUCGCCUGAUGUCCCCAACAUAUAGAUCUUCACUCCCCCUCCGUGGACCUCUCAGAUACUUUAAAGAACAUCUGAGAGUGUUUGGUACUUGCAAGUAGUUUUUGUCAGCAGUCAAUGCUUUUGCUUCUAUCUUGACGUCACCUCAAAUUUAUCAUUCUGAUCUUGUCCUUGAAUUAUGGAUUCAUAUUGAUAUUUUAUCCUUUUCUAGGUUACUGAAGCAGUGCUAGCAGUUAAGACCAUGAGCGCAGAAGGUGUUGUUAGAUAUCCAAUCAAGGUCUGUACUCUUGUGAGACCCAUAUCCUAUUAAUGAUAUCACAUUUGAGAUUUUCAUUAUAUAAUUUAAAUAAUUUAGUAUGCAUUUGUCUUUUUUGAGGCAACCAAGAGCUAUAGUAGAGUUUCUGGAAGCAGGUCAGACCGAAAUAUUUUGAGACAUAUCUUUUACUUUAAUACAAAUCCAUCCUAAGUCAUUUUUAUACUUGAGAUGAAUUUUAAGAGUAUUUAUCUGAUAUUCUGUUCGACAGACUAAUCACAUACCAUUUCCUUCAUGAAAUCAAUUCCAAGAAAAUUUCAUCAGCUACAUUUUUAUUUUGCUGCAGAUUUUUCGCCUUACAGGUUUAGAUUUAUUACAUGCGGGUUGUUUACAAUUAUAUGGGAUCUGAUAUUCUUGCAAUUCUGCAGAGCAUCAAUAUUUUGAAAUUUCAUGGGGAAAGUGUAAAAGACAGCUACUUGUUGGAUGGUUAUGCGUUAAAUAUAGGCCGCUCUGCACAAGGAAUGCCUACUAGAGUUGCACCUGCAAGAAUUGCAUGUCUACAUUUUAACCUUCAGAGGACAAAAAUGCAAAUGGGAAUUCAAGUGUCAGUUACUGACCCCAGAGCACUUAAGAAAAUUUGUCAAAGGUUAAUUUCGCAUCUUAUUACCGUAUGUUAUAAUCAGACUAAAAUCAAGUCAACUCAUAGUCGAAGUAUAUGAUGUUGUUACUGUGAUAAAUGUUUUAUUUCAACUUGAAAUAAGUUCUUAUUUUCUUAUUUGGUUUGUUGAUACUUGGAAGAUUUCAGUAUAAAAAAAAAUCCAGUUUUUUUUUUUGUAAUCAGAUGAAUUAUAUACGGAUACAAUUUUUUCAACAGGAGUGAACAAGUUUUACUAACGUUAGUCUCAAAUUAAACCUAUUAAUGUAAGUUUUCUCAGCAAUAUUAGUCUCAAAUGUAAGUUGGCAUAUGAUUGUGAUGCAUUAAAGUAAAUCCUUGAAUCCACGUUGGCUAGUAAUAUUUUUCGUUCUAAUGGACCCUAACAAUUUACUCAUGUUGUGAUUUAUUUUUGCUAUGUUUUGUGUGAGGCUAAUUCACUGUACCUUUGCAGAGAGGCUGACAUAACAAAAGAGCGCAUUGGGAAACUGCUUGAGGCUGGAGCAAAUGUCGUUUUAACAUCUAAGGGAAUUGAUGACAUGUCUUUAAAGGCAUGUUUUUCAACGAUUUCAUUCUCACCAUUUUUCAACGAUUUCAUUCUCACUAUUUUUCAAGUAAUUAGUGGUUCCUUUCCAUGUGUGUGACCCACUUGUUCUUCCCCUUUUGUACUUCUGUGAAUUGCUGUUUUUCAUAUGUGCUCAUGUAGGUUUGUGGAUGAUUUUUCUUUCCUAUUGAUUUUAAAAGUACAGAUUUUUGUCCAGCUUAUCAGAUCAUCUAGACAAUAUAGCAUGUUAUUCAAAAUAAUAUUUAAAAUUGAGGAAUACAGUACAGUAUUUUCUUCUAGUGGUAUAUCUGUUAUUUUAAAUAUUUAUUAAAUAAAUUCUGAAUGGUCAUAAUCCUGUCCCUCAUUCUGUGAUGCCAAGGCAUCGUUACACGUUCCUAAAUCCAGCACUUUUAUUCUAUGCCUAUACCAGUCUUAAUCAAUGUAGCAAUAUAAGAUAGGUCGACUAUAAUUAUUUAAAUUUACACCAUUGCUCAUAAGACACUACACAGGCCUGUUGAUAGUCUCUAUCUAAGCUGUUCCUUUUGUGUAUGAUCUACUGCAUUCCUCAUUAACUUCUGAACUACACUGUCUUGCCGUUAACCUUAUGCAAACAUCCUAUGGUUGAAGUGAACAUUAUCUCAUCUGUUGUUUUGUAUAUUUGGAUGUCAUUCACGAUUUUGAAUAGAAGGAAAUAGUAAUUUUUUUCUCUUUUAAACUUGCAUUAUUCAUCUAUUGUAUAACACCUAUAAUCUAGAUAAAGUGAACAUCGUCUUUUUCAGAUUGAAUGCUAUAAGUGAAUGUCCAAGAUAAUGUCAGUCCAUGCAACAAGAAAUUGGACAAAGUUGCUGUUUAAAUUGUCCUUCAAAAUAUUUGCUUCGUCUACCAUUUGAUCAUCAUCUUAGUGUUCAGUAUUAGUUCAUCUUAGCGGCUGAAGCACUAUAAUUUUAAGAUCAAGCCAUGGAAAAAGGGUUGGCAGUAUCUAGCCAUCAAAUUAACUUCGUUCACUCUUCCUUUGUGAGGCAGAAACAAUUACCUUCUUAUUUUACAUUGAAGAAACUCUGGUAUUUUAUGGCGACAAAAUUUUAAAGUACUCUUUAAUCUUAUUAAAUAAUAUAUUCUCUUCUUCAUGAGGAAGUGCUACCUUCCAUUGUAUCGAGUCCUUUAGCACUUGCCAGUUGAAGAAGUUGAAUUUAGAAGCUGCAUUUUUUUUUAUUUCUCUACACGUUUUCAGCAAUAUAUCUUUUGAAAAAGGUGCUGCAAUUUCCUUGAAUUUUGAGAACUUUUGUUCCCUUUACAUUUGCAGCCUUGGACGGUUGAGCCUAGUUGAAGAGUUAAAGCAGUAUUUCCUCUGAAUAAACUUGUGUUUAUCAACGGACAUAAACCCUCUUCAUGCUGGAUCGUCUUUAAAAAUAAGUAAAAAGCUUCUGUUGGACUUUGGCCAAACUUUCUUUAAUGGAUUUUAACAACGCGCAAGCACCUCACCCUUAUGUUAAUCUAUGUCUCGGUGGGAUUGGCAACGAGAUUGAAAAAACGCAAGUGCUCGUAAGAACGAUAGUUAACAUAUAUUUAUGUAAAUUUAUAAAAGAUAAAUGUGAAAUAUCAUGAAAUCAUGAGUUUGGAGGUGCAGUAACCGUAGUCUGAUUGCAGUGGGUGAUCCUGAUCUGACCGGUGAAUUCCCUGAAGCUUUGUGGUGUAGAACUAUCUAGCAACAAGAUAUAAGACUAAACAACGGAAUUUUCUCAUCCCCAAUUCAUGUUUACUUUUCACGUUUUUAAGGAAAUUUAACGUUCUACCAUGAUGCUAUUCUGUAUCAUUUUUUCAUGUACGAGACAGUUCAUCGUAUAUAAACUUCUUGUGUUUCUCAAAGCUAGUUUUUUCUAUCAAAGCUCGAACUCAGUUGGUCACAUUAAAUGAUCCUGAAUCCUGGCGAUAAAUGAUUUCAGUACUUUGUGGAGGCGGGGGUUAUUGCUUUAAGACGUGUCCCUAAGGACGACCUGCGCCAUGUGAGUAAGGCUACAGCUGCAACCAUGGUAUAUUCCAUGCUCUUAUUUUUUAAUUAUGCUUCUUUAUAUGUGAAUCUCAUAGAAGUUUCCAUGUUCGAAGAUAUAAACAUCCCUUUUAAUGCUGCUUGCCUUUAAAAUCGUGCUAAACCUUCUGUUUCUGGCUUGUCUGGCAUUCUUAAUGAACUGUAGUGAGUGAGUAGACAAGACACUGAUACUACAUCUAAGUGGCCUUUUUUUUUUUUUUUUGUGACCCUCUUAAAAUUGACAUGGUACCAGAAAAUAGCAGGUUAUUAGCACAAAAUACUCAUUUUUUUCCUGGAAAAGGUUACCCUUUCACAAUACUCCAGAUUCAGUAUCCUUCAAUUUCAUGGAGAAGUAAUGAGAGCCUCCUAUUUUGGGUAGUGUAAGCCAGGGUUUUAUUUUCUCAUCCAUCGGCAUUAAGUGAAAAGCUUGAGAAAUGGUCUAUCCGGGUGUUUUCUUGUUUAAAGCCGCUUUAAUAAAGCCUAAAGGGCAGUCAUCGAUUGUUCUGCAUUAGAAAUACUGAAAAAAUGUUAUGCUACUAUUAGGAGAUUCGAUAUCCAAAUUCGAACAGUACGGUGUUUUUUUCAUAAAUCAACGAUUGGAUAUUUUUAGAUUCCGAACAUGAUCAGUUUGAGACUAGAAGAUGGAUGCCUUGUUAUUGUCAACAUCUUAUUUUAUACUUGAUGAUGCCAAGGCCUCAAUUCUCAAACUAAUUCAAUUUUAUCCCAAAGAAAAUAGGACAUAUGAUCAGGAGAUCUGGCUGUUGCAUUAAUAUGAAGGCUCACUAUUAUCUCAAUAACUUUCUCACGAUUAAAAAAAUAAAACCAGUAAAAACAUAUUUUUUCCAACCAGCAAAAACAUAAGGAAAUGCUGGAUGAUGUGUUUCCCAGCUUUAGAUACCCAAGCUACAUUACUUUUGUCCCAUUUUCCCCUUGUCUCUAUUUGAUCUGUCUAAAUCAAUGAACCGCAUAUGUGCCUUAUUCAGUUUUUGUGGUACCUGCCCAUUCUCUUCAAACAUUUAAGCUAACCAGGUCAAAUUUCCACGGUUUGCUCAGGUCUCCACGUUUGCCAAUAUGGAAGGAGAAGAAACGUUUGAUUCCUCAUUUCUUGGAUAUGCAGAUGAAGUUGUAGAGACGUCCAUUGCUGGGUGUGACGUAGUUCUGCUCAAAGGCACAAAAAAUACAAAUGCUGUUAGCAAUUGUUUAUGCCAUCAUUUCCCCGACUUCCACCACUGUUGUAUGUACUAUUUGUUCCAUCUCCAAACUAAGGGCUCACUUUUUGUUUUUAAACAAAAAACUAUCCAGGUUUCUUUGAUACUUCGAGGUGCCAACGACUUCAUGCUUGAGGAGAUGGAACGCUCUUUGCGUGAUGCCCUGCAUACUGUGAAGAGCACUCUUGAGUCCAAUCUGGUAAGAUAUAAUCUGUCCAAGAACUCGCUGGCAAGAAUGCUUUUUAUUUUCUUCUGCUUUCGUUUCUUUUUGGGGGGGGCCAACUCCAGCGCGGAGCAAUUUCCAGCAUCAUGCAUGGAACACCAUCAGUGUGGUGGACUUCUGUUCUAUCCCAAGUUACUCAAAGGGCCAUAUAACUAUUCACUUUUUAUAUGAUACUAGGUGUCGUCGUAAUGCAUGAAGUCAAAUUUAAGUUGUGUUAUUGCUUUUCUUAUUUUGUUUUCUUAAGAUCAACUGAAAAUAUUAAACUUGAAAAAAUGUUAUAUUUUAUAAAAGAAAUAAAUAAAUUAAGUAAUAUAAAAUAUAAAUACAAAAAGAAUGGACUAGAUAUGUGCAAGGCUUUACCUCAUUGUUUCAAAUUUUUCCUGCACUCUUCCACGUGUGGCCGUUUGACUUUUGUAUGCUGACUCUUCAGUCAAUCUUUCUUACGUCUUAAUGUCUAGGCCACAAGUGAGAUCUGUCUAAUUGAGGCUUUCCAUAGUGUUUUACAUUUCACAUAACCCCGGUUUUUCGCCUAUAUUUUUCGUUCAUUCAUUUGCAUCUCUCCCAAAACGUCACCCUUGACACGAGGUGGAAUAGAGUCGGGGCCAAGGUAAGCAUUGUACAACCCUUAGAAUUUUAACCUAUCUAUUGCAUUGGAACAACCUGGUGAUUUCCUCUUAAGUUACCUCAUGUUUAUUUUAACUGAUUGAGAAUCCUCAUUCUAAUGCUUCCCAUGAAGAUUGCAACCCUUUGUGAAUGUCUCCUGGCCUUCUCAGACUCAUAUCUACGAUUUGUUUCCACAGCUCUUACAGAAAAGAGAAAACAAGACAAAAGUCAGUAAUUUCUAUCUUGUGUCUUUCUUUCCUUUUAUGGACUUGUUAGAUCCUCCCUUGUGUCAAAGCAUUUUUUCCACUAUACAUGUGACACGAAGACGUGAAGUACAUUAAUAGACAUUUUUCUUGGACUGCCAUCUUAGGGACCUUAUUUGACGAUAGCGACCCACAUUCCAUGCUUGUCAAUAACUUUUCAGAAAAGACUUCUUCCUCUUCAGAAUUUUCAUCUCCUUUCAUUUUUUCUCCCAUUCAAGUGAAUCCUUCAGGGUGAUGUAAUCCACAGAGAGGAUGAGAAGAGAGAACCACACAGUGAAUGAAGUAAGAGAUUACCAACCCAUAGCUUUUAAACAUCUCCGCACCUUACAGUCUGGAUGAGAUAUAGUGCCACAAAAAUUUGCGAAAUUUUACUUUAUACCAGCAUCUAUGUUCGCUUGAACCAUCUUCUGGAGUAUCAGGUCGUUGCCGGUGGCGGUGCUGUGGAAGCGGCACUAUCUAUGCACUUGGAACGUCUGGCAACAUCCUUGGAAUCCAGAGAGCAGUUGGCCGUAGCAGAGUUUGCAGAGUCUCUUAUGAUAAUACCCAAGGCAUCUAUUUCGUGAACCUAUGCCCUUAUCACUGUAUUAUCUCGAUUUGCUUCAGGAUAUGUCUCUGGAGGGUGACGUGUGAUGGUGUGUAGCAGGUACUUGCAGUGAAUGCUGCCAAGGAUGCGACUGAUCUGGUGUCGGCACUCCGAUCUUGUUACCAUCCUACUCAAGUGGGGGCAGAUGAGCAGCAUCUUUCAAGGUAGUGAAUGAUUUGAGGUCACUUCAAAGUGAAAGAUUUCUUAUUAGUGGCACUAUUUUUUUAAGUAAGAUGCAUAUUUGCGCACACUUGUGUUUCUUUUUUUGUCCAUCCCUUUCUUUCGUAAACAUUUGUCUGGAAGCUAAGGUUUUCAGCUGAAUUCAGAUUGUCCUCCCACAUCAACUGGAAGAACACAAACUUGAAAAGAAAGCGACGAAAUUUCUCAUAGCAAUGUGGAACUUCAAUACUUUUUUGAUUUUUUUAUUUCCUCGUUUUUAUUAUACUGCUUACCCUUUGUGAAUAGACCACUCUAAUAAAGGAGAAAAGGAAAUAUAAUAGCUGCCAGCACACAAACAAUCCAACCUCCGCAGAAGACUGUUGCUCUUCUUUCAAAACCUAACCCUGUGAAGCAUGACCACCUACUGGUCAAUUCAGUGUCACUAAGCAGAUGAUACUACUCUUUUUUUUUCUUUUUGUCCUUGUAUAUAGUGUGAUGACCUUGUGAUCAUCGUCUAUCUUCAUGGUGGGUGCAUCCAUAGCUUGACUGCGACCUAUCAAGGGGAUCAUGGAAAACAUUGCAAUGAUAGUAAUGUGAUUAAUCUAAUAACUUAGCUGACUGCUUGGCCGAGUACUCAUUUUCUGCAUCUAUCUGUAGUCUGAUAUUCUGUAGCAGAGCGUCAGGGUUUGUUAUUUGCGCUGGGGUUUGAUUUUGCAGCUGUUUGAGUUCUCUUUUGGAAACGAUCGAGGGAGAUACUCUUGAUUCCUUCAGGUGCCCUCUACGGUUUCACAUGACGUUGAAUUGUAUAUAACCCAUGAGUUCAAGAUUUGGAGAAAUCUGCUAGUCGUGUUAUAUGUUACAUGAAUGUAAAUCUGUAAGGUUGCUGGUUCCUGGUUGCUUCACAUAGGGAGAAAUGGUGAUAGAAAGACUGGUAGACAAGUGAUGAACCUCCUUACUCCUCAUCUCUUAGAAAAAAAAAAUAAUCAUUUCAAUUGAAGUUUGAUAAUACUGUCAUUAUAUCAGUUGCUGUUGGGUUACUAUUUUUCGACUGAUAUACUUGCUCCUACAAAUGUUUAAUUUAUCUAAGUUGCUUUAUUUUCAUUGCAGUAGUUUUCAUAAGUCAACCAUGAACCAUUUCUCAUCAAAUUCGUCACAAUUUUAUUUCAAAAAUGUUACUUUUUUUUUAAUAGGUCUUUGUCAUUCGGGUUUUUUAUCAUCUCAUAUAUUCGUGAGCACCUUUUCUUCUUAUGAUCAUCCCAUCCCAGUUCUUCCAACUCACCAACUGAGAGGUCCAAUAAAGGAAUAUCAACCCGAUUUAGCACAAAAACUAUGAAUCACUAAUGAAUCUCCCCACAUGGAAACCCAUCCUCUCCAUGCGAUGUCUCCAUCUGUGCAUUUCCCUUGGCGGCGAUGCCCACGGCAGUCAAAGCUCUCAGCUUAUGGAACUAAAAGCUUCAAUAAUAUUGGUACCAAGGAAACACAUCAAUAUAUAUAUAUAUAUAUAUAUAUAUGAAAUGGUAUGCGGAAGGCCAUCCCUUGCAGCUUCUUGUGUGUUCUUCACUCAGAAUUCAGAAACUCUCCAGUUCCAGAGCAGGCUGAAGAGACAAGUGACGAGAGCCUGAACCGAUUGCUCAUGUUAUCCUCCAUGCAUACUUUUUAACACCCUUUCCUUCCCCGUUGCAGCAUGGGAUUGGACCUCUCAAGAGGAGUCGUUCGCAACAGCUUUGAAGCUGGAGUCAUUGAGCCCGCGAUAAACAAAGUGAAGAUAAUGCAGGUGACUAGGUUUCACCAAGAACACCCAUAAUUCUUAUGGACUAAUCCCCAAUUCCUUUUAUAUUUGUAUUUGCCUAGUUUGCAACUGAAGCGGCCAUCACCAUUCUCCGGAUCGAUGAUAUGAUCAAGCUCGUUGGAGAUAGACAGGAGUAUGAAGAGGAAUAG